AUGAGGGAUUAUGCCUUUCUUAAAGUGUCAUCGUGGAAGAAAAUUUUGAGGUUUGGACGGAAGGGAAAGCUUAGCCUUAGAUUUAUUGGGUCUUAUUGUAUACUUAAGCAUGUGGGAUCGGUCACCUAUCAACUUGAAUUGCCUCCGGAUUUGGAUAGGAUUCAUGAUGUAUUUCAUGUCUCAAUGCUGAGACGGUACCAUUCUGAUCCCUCGCACGUGGUGCCAGCUGAGGAAAUCGAGGUUAGGCCUGAUUUAACUAUUGAGAAGGAAGCAGUGCAGAUAUUAGAGCGUGAUAUUAAAGUAUUGAGGAAGAAAUCUAUUCCCUUGGUCAAAAUGCUUUGGCGCAAUCAUGGUGCAGAAGAAGCCACGUGGGAACCAGAAGAGGCGAUGUGA